AUGGAUAUCGUCCUCGAAUUAUGGGAUACCUUCAUUGGUGAUCGCAUUUACGCUUCCAUUCUCCCUAACUCUCUCGCUUCGGUCACCUCCCUACCGGCCUUCGUGAAUGCCGCUAACAGUUCGCUCGCCCUCUUCGGUGCCCCCGAACCCUUCAAUUAUGAGCCCGCUACCAAAUACUUCCAAUUGGAACCCUCCAAAUAUGCAUACUUGAGCGCAUGGCCCCGGAAUAACAUCUAUCGCCAAUUCACUAGCUUUUUCUUCAUCACUUGGAUUUUCGGUCUUAUAGUCUACUUUCUGGUUGCGACUGCCUCCUACAUCUUCAUCUGGGAUAAAUCAACCUACAAACACCCUAAGUUCUUGAAAAAUCAGAUCAGAAUGGAGAUCAGACAGACGAUGGAAGCCAUGCCAAUAAUGUCUCUGUUGACCGCACCCUUCUUCGUCCUGGAAGUUCGGGGUUACGCCAACCUUUACGAUACCGUUGAUGAAGAGCCCUUCCCCUUUUACAGCAUUCUUCAAUUCCCCCUCUUCAUCUUCUUCACCGAUUUCUUCAUCUACUGGAUCCACCGCGCCUUGCACCACUCCUCCGUCUACAAGACCCUGCACAAACCGCACCACAAGUGGAUCAUGCCGAGCCCCUAUGCUUCGCACGCCUUCCACCCCCUGGACGGUUGGUCACAGAGCGUACCCUACCACGUCUUCCCCUUCAUCUUCCCUCUGCAAAAGGUAGCCUAUGUCGUUCUGUUCGGCUUCAUCAACCUCUGGACCGUAUUCAUUCACGAUGGUGAGUAUGUCGCGAACAACCCUGUUGUAAACGGAGCCGCUUGUCACACCAUGCACCACCUAUACUUCAACUACAACUACGGCCAGUUCACUACCCUGUGGGACCGUAUGGGCGGUAGCUACCGCAAACCCAAUGAAGAGCUCUUCCGUCGGGAGACCAAGAUGGGUGACAAAGAAUGGCAGCGCCAGAUCAAGGAGAUGGAGACCAUCGUCAAGGAUGUAGAGGGCGAAGAUGACCGCAGCUAUUCUGCUGAGCAGAAGAAGACCCUCUAA